CCCUCCUCUCCCCUCCCUCCUCUCGCCGCAGCCCGGGCUUCUCCCGAGUCAAAACGCGGAUCAGGUUCCCUGCCUCCAGUAUAAAAAUCACGGCGAGAGGGGGGAGACACGGGGCGCGGGAGGAGCGGGGCGUGAAGCGGCGGCCGGCGAGAGCCCGUCCGUGGGGAAGCGGAGGGACGCGCUGCGGCGGCGGCAGCAGCAGCCGCUGCUCACCGGGGACACCCGCGGCUUUUCCCGCCCCCCCCCCGCCCUCCCUUCCCCCCCCCCUCCCCAACCCCCCCCCCAACCCACCCACCCCCCCGACACCUUCUCAGCUGCGGGAGAAGAGCUUUGUGCCGCGCCCGAAAAUGCAACAGCAACAGCAGCAACGUCGCGUGUUCACAGCUGCCCUCCUGGCACUUGUUUUCAUACUGGCAGCUGUGAGUACCACUGAGGCUGGCAAAAAAGAGAAACCAGAGAAAAAGGCGAAGAAGUCUGACUGCGGGGAAUGGCAGUGGAGCGUCUGCGUGCCCACCAGUGGUGACUGUGGCCUGGGCACGCGUGAGGGCACUCGCACCGGAGCUGAGUGCAAGCAAACCACCAAAACUCAGAAGUGUAAGAUUCCCUGCAACUGGAAGAAGCAAUUUGGAGCGGAGUGCAAAUACCAGUUCCAGGCCUGGGGAGAAUGUGACUUGAAUACUGCCUUGAAGACUCGGACCGGGAACCUAAAGAGAGCCCUUCACAAUGCUGACUGCCAGAAGACUGUCACAAUCUCAAAGCCCUGUGGGAAGCUUACCAAACCCAAACCUCAAGAAUCCAAGAAGAAGAAAAAGGAAGGCAAGAAACAAGAGAAGAUGCUGGAUUAAUGGAGCCAACUUGGGCAAUGUGAGAAAGGGACAUCAGCAAACAUGAUCAGUUAACAGUUUCAUUUAUACCUAGGCAUUUUAUCCUAAAAUUAUUUAUAGCUUAAUGGUACCAUAGAAGGAAACAAACACAGAAAAAAAAAAAAAUCCUUUUUUAUUACUUUAGUCUUUUUAAUGUAUAACCCUAACAACAAUUUUUAGAGGCCUGUAAUAAAGGCCUCCAAACUCAUUUAGAAAAUUAUGUCUAUUGUAUAUUGAACAAUGUAGAGGUUUUAAAAAUAUUUUUUUCUCAAGUCUUGCCAUAGGUCUCAUUCUGUUAGUUACUCCAUGCAAGCAGAACCUGAACCUGUGUGGAGCUCGGCUGAAGCCAGCGGUGCCCUGAGUUAACAUAGGGGGCUGGCUGGAUACAGUUAUAUUUAAGAUUGGGACCUUAUAUCUGAAAAAAAAACCAGACUUGUUUCUUAAGUUCGUAUUACAUCUGGAUAACUAUGAAAUUAUUUGUUUAAGGAAAGGGUGGGGGCAUUUUGUUGGGUAUUUACAGCCAUAUAAUUUUUUCGGAUGUGUGGUGAAUACUCAUUCCAAAAUGCCACCAUCUCCAGGUAAAAACAAGUCACACUCUUAUCCUUGGUCAUAUUUUGCAUGUUGGCAGUAAAAAUUCUGAAAUCUUUCAACAGUUGUACAUAGAAGAGCCCAAAUUUUUCACUAUUUUCUAGCAAUGAUUUUUCCAAGUGAAACGAUAGCAAAACUUUUCAUAUUUUAGCGUAUCAAUGCUGGUGGAUGGUAGUGUCCUCUGUUUUACCUAUAAAAGCAGAAAAUUGCUUUCUUUUAUUUGUUUGUUUUGCCAGAGGGGAGAAUAUCCCUUUCACUAAAAUCUAGCUGAAAUUGUUGCGAUUCUGCCUGACCCAACUCCCUUUUGUAUCAGUGGGAAUCUUUCUGUUGAUUUGAAUUAGAGUUGGUAGAAAAAUAGUAUGUCUGGUGGGAAGUAACAAAAGAAAUUUAUUUGGAAACUGCCUGAGAUAGCUCAUAUUUUUGACCAAAAAUGUGGCAGUUUGUGGGACGUGAAACUGAUAAGAAUGAAGUUAAUUUUUGUUUCUCUGUUAGUAAAGCAGAAGGGAAAUAUAAAACCAGUACCUUUUGCUUUCUUCCAUUUUUAUAUAAGCAAAAAGAGGUUGGAAAAUCUCAGUCAAAAUAAAAACGGUUCUUUCCUUUAAAAAUUUUUUGGAAAUCUGCACGGGAAGAAAAGGAAAAGUUAUAACCAGCUCCUUUUAAUUUUGUUCAAUUUUACCCACUUUAAAUGACAAUAAGUCCGGAGAAAAGUCACUGAGUAGAAAAAAGAUCUGACAAAGGGCUAGUCUGUCCCCAGGGAAGGGGUUGGUCACCAAACUAAGCAACCAGACAUUUUAGAGGAAAUAUAAGGGAUUUCAGUGCCCAAAUGAAUUGAAAAAUCAUUGCUUUUAAAUUCUAAAUCUUAAAAUUCAACACCAAGAAAUAAUCUUUGCCAUUUGAGUAGGCUGCAGGCUUGCCUGCUGGUCAGGAGGAAUAGUCUCCCUCGUACUGCUGUGGGUACCCACUGGCUUCAGCAAAGCUGCAGCAGGGCGUGUUCAUCUGAGUAAAUCAAAUUGCUCUCUUGGGAUUAGCUUGUAGACAAGCAGAGAGUCUUUUUCCAGACUAACAUCACUCCCCUUUUCUAUGCAAAAAAAAAAUUGAUAACAGUUGCAGAGCUUGCCCUCUUUUUUUCUCACAUGGAGGGUAUGGCUGAUCUGAACUCACAGUCAGGCAAAUCCUGUAGAUGUUCCCAAACCCUUCUCAAGCCAGCUAGCCAAGGCUCUGCGCAUAGCUCAAGGUAGACUAGCCACACAGUUGUUUCCCAGACUCCUUGGGUGUGUUUUGCAGUCUGUGUUGAUGUCCUUGUUAUUCUGACUACGCUGUUGGACAUACCCGAGCCAGUGGUAUAGUUAAAAAUGUCCCCAGCAUGUGGUGGAUGUGCAAUGACCAAACCCAAAAUCAUAAAGGCUCAUAUUUGGGUGGUUCUGGGUGCUAUUUGGUUUGUUCAUGGUCUAAUCAGGUCUACCUGUGCUUGUGCCUCAGACUUAAACUAGUGGAUUGGUAGGUCUGACUGGAAGCAAAGGGAGAAAGAAGCUUUUUCACUCACCAAAGGUUUGUCUGUCUAAAUGCUGCAUCAGCUCACUUAAAGUGGUUUAGCUUUGAGUGCGAACACUGUUGCACCAUUGUCUUACACUGGUUAAUCUAGUCCAUGUUUCAUAGGGAGCUGGCAGGAGUUGGGAAUGAUGCUGAGACCAACAGUUUGACUGUCCUUUAGCAAACCUUAGAUGUGACUUCUGAUUUCCACCUCUGUGAGUAAGAAGAAAUUAAAUUCCUCUCUGUUUCUUCUGACACCUUAUGGCCCUUAUGAUUAACUGCCCAUCUGGCUUGUUAAAGGAACAUUCCUAAUAGUUUUUGAAGGAGGCCAGUCAAGUUCCUAUGGUGGUGUAGGGCCUCCAUGGGAAAACAAAGGAAAAAAACCAAAACAAAAUAUUAAGACCAGACGAAAGCGCAGCAGUCCUGGUAGCAAAGGGUGUGAAAUAGGAGAACACUUCCUCUGUACUACUCAGCUGAAUAUGUUUGGAUCUAUAUUGGCAUCCUACUGUUGAAAAUAAUUGGAGUUGUAUCUCUCAUAGUUUAUAAACAAUGAAAAAUGUUUCCAAGAAACUAGCAGAAAACAUUAUGUGGAAACUCUAGCUAUGAAGGAAAUGAUAAAAGAAAUUCAUGGCAGAACACGGAGGAAGAUUGAGUAGAACAGGUCAGUCAGGUCAGCUCUGAAAGGACAUAUGUGGUACCUGACAGAAGCAGUUGCUUCACUAGUAACAUUAUCAAGAAAGUAAGAGGAAAGUAUCUGAAGAAAACCUCUUUCCAUACUAUCUUGCUCAGUUUCCACUUGGGUCAUUCUGAAAUUUCUCUUCAAUUCUUCUCUAAUCUUCUACCCUCCCUCCUUUGGGAGGGUAAGCUUGUCUGCCAGUGCUGUGGGGGUGGCUACUUCAGAUGAAAUAUGUGGUUUGCUCUCUUGGUGCUAUCCUGUUACAGUUGAAAAUGACUUAGCAUAGAUGUGUUGCUUAGCUAGUUUAGCCAACUGAAGUUUGUUUCACAAAUGUCCCUCUCAUGAAGUGAUUUCCACCUUCAUUUGCUGCAGCUAUAAUAUGGUAGAAUAUGAUAGAAAUCCCCCGAAUGACAGCCUUUUUUUCUGAGCACUCAAAUCUCUUAGAAAAGAGAGGGGUAUGUUGCUGAACAUGAGCUAAAAUCUGAAUCUGCAUCCAGACUCUGGAUUCUAGCAAGUUUAAAUUUAGGGGAAUUUGGGUGUAACUCUGUUCCCUUCCUCUAAGUAGACUGAGCCAUGCUUCUAAGCAAUUAGGUUUGUUUAUAUCUUGAUUCAAAACAAUAUUUGAGGAUUGGGGCAUUUUCUGACUUUGACGUGUCUCCUGACAGAAGUGCCCAUAUUGAAAGAGAAUCAUUGCUUGUCAGCCUGGCAUAUUUAACAGACUAUUAAGUGCAGCAAAGCUGGAUGGCAAGACUCCAGGAAGGGGAAACAUUUAUUGUACAUAAAGGUAGAUACAAAGUUUUAAAUUACUGAUUCUCAUCUUCUAAUUGUAUAAUGACAUUGUGGACUGUACUGUUUUUCAAAGGAGAAAAAUCAGAAGAAAUGAAAGAAUAAUUAUUAUAAAACAUAUCAACAAACAGUGUUGGAAUCUUUGUCAAGAAGAGACAGAUAUGAAGUCAGGAGCAUUUUAUACAAACUUCUUUUGCAUGCUCCUGGAGUAGGGAAGACAGGAUGACUGGCUGGCACAUUUGUUUUUAUGCUGUGCUUGAUUUAUGCCUUAAUGAAAAAUAAUCAAAUGUAGAACGUUACAGAGAAGUAAAAUCCCACUCCAACCUCAAAAGAACACGUCCAAUGGGAGGCAAUAGCAAAAAGAGACAAAGUAUGUCUGUCUUUUUCUGGUUUAGGAGUGCAAGUUACAAUGAUGUUGAUAGAAAACAUAACAUAUUUCUUUAACUUUGGUGUAUAUCCUUCACCACUUGACAUGUGACAAUGGAAAAUUCAAGUAAAACAACAGAGCAUUAGGAUGAACUAAGGGGAAGUGAAUACUUACUGAGACUGUUUAUGGAAACGGGCCUAUAAACCCCCUGAAACUAACCAUGCUGCUAGCAGGGAGCAUCUGAAGAUAAACAUUGUGUAGCAUUCCCGUUUGUUUAAUGAAGUCCCUUAACAUAUGAUGAACUUUAUCUGAGUCUCCUUAGUCUGAUGUCAAUGAUGAGGGUGGGACAAAAGCCAGCCUGACUUUCCCUCAGUCUAGGAACUACACCUACAUUAACAGUGUAAACCUGCCAUUUUUCUAAAGCAAAAUAUUGGUGAGGUACAGCAUUUUGACGUGACACAGUAGUCUUUCACAUGACCCAAAUUCUUAUAGGAAGGAGAAACGGUAUGUCAAUGGGAGUAGGUAUUUCAUAUUAGAUCUUUUAAAAUUCUCUAGGACAGCAUCUUCUGAGAACUCCUGACUGUGUUCUCUCCAUUGCAAUGACAGAUUAUACCCAUUGUCUGCCUUCCCCCACUCAUCUCUAAUUUUGAUAGUAUUUGUAGGUUUUCUGUCAAUUCUGCUAAGGCACUCUACCUCUCAGCCAAACUUCUGUGGAUAUUGUUGAUCUUUCCUCAUGCUUGAGGCUGUAUUCUCCAUUUCUUGCUGGAUUGUUGCAAAACAGCCCCAGCAAGCCCCUACCAUCAGGUACCUCUCAUUCUGUCCUUCUAAGAAUAGAGGACACAGUAGCAACUUGUUAAUCGUAAGAUGAUAAUGAACAAAGAAGUAUGAGAACAAGCAAAGAGAUUCCCUAGUUUCAAUGGGAGGAUGGCUUGCUAGUAAAAGCUUUGUCAUAGCUCAACCUGGGUGAGGCUUCCUGGGAGACAGAAAUGCAUCACAUUUGAUCAAAAAUUAGAGACAAUGAUGAAAUAGUGUCUGCCCUCAAACAGAAAAUAACUUAGCUAUAUAAACAGUGGCAAGAAGCUGUGUGUUUCCCCAGUGUCCUUUUUUUUUGCCACCAAAUUAAAGAGAAGAGACAUGGUGCAUAGAGCUUCAGGAAUAGUGGAAGACAUGCCUGAGCAAACAGAGCAUGGAGAGGACAUCUUUUACCCCAUGGGUGUUUGCAUUUGGACAAAGUCUAGGUAGUGUUCAUAGCAGCAGAAAACUUCGUGUGCUUUUGGACCGAAACUAAACGAUGCUGAAGUCUAAUAAUUUUCCUAAUGUUCCUUUUCUGCUACUCUUCAAAAAUUGCAGUCUGCCUUGUUACCUCAUGACUCUGACCUGAGCAGAAAAGAGGUAUUUCAGGGAAAACAUAGGAAUUCAGCUAUAUUUCACUAUCAUUAUCUCUUUCUGCCCUUUCUGCAGUUUGCCAUUUAAAUGUAGAGUAUCUUGGGGUCCCAGAUGGCUGAAAACUCUGUAGGUAUCUCCAGCAUUUAAAUAGCUUGGCUUUGAGUUGCCUAUGAAAAAACUGUACCUACAGUUCUUACUCCUUUCUUAAAAAAAAAACCACAGUAACAAACAAAACCCACAACAAAACUGUGAAAGCAUGUGUCCAAUGUAUGAGUUUACGGACGAGAUGAAACAGAGGCUCCCAAGUAUUCCCAUUUCUGAAGGUUACUCAAAGACUACACAAAAGCUUUAGCCCUGAAUUCUGUGAUGUAAAGGUAGGAGGACAGAUAGCCUCUGCAGGACUGUCUUACCCAUCGCCAAUUUAAUUCAAUUAAUUACGCUGUUUGAAUUCCCUCACUCUAAUCUACCUGGCAACAAGACAUGAUUUAACUUUUCUCAUUAGGUCAUUCAUUACCCUUCCCAUAUUGUAAUUAUGUAGGUCAUCUAGAUUUUUACAGCUGAAGGAAAUGACUCUGAUAAUCCAGGCUGUGUUGUGGUUGCAGAGGGGACCUGAAGCAGAGGCUGGGUAGUACUGCUGCAGCUUGGGGCUGGAAACCAACUAAUGAGAAUGUCAGCAUCAGACACAGCAGCUCUCUAAAUAUACGUGCAUGCAUACUGCAUAUAUAUAUAUCUCCAGAUAUGGGGAAGCAAAACCCUGUAAAAAAGUCUACUGAUAACUCAAAAUGUCUCUCACAACUAGUGCUGCCUUCAAGCUAAAGUAGAAGUGAAAGAACUUUUUGUCCUGUGUCGUUAUUUACACAAUGGUACAAAAGUAGUAUAUAGGAUGAAGGGCUAGGUUUCUUUGGACUCGCCAGCAUAUCAGUUUAAGGAUGGCUGUGUCCAAGAAAAAUGCAAAACACAUGCCAAUGAAAUGGCCAGUAGAACUUAGUAUCAGAGUGAUGUUCUCUUCUGUCACGCCAAGUACAUGGAAGGGCUUUUGUUCAAAGCUUCAAAAAGUACUUCAGUUAGGUGUGAACAUAGAAACCCAGGCAGAAAAAGGCUUUUUCUCUGCCAAUAAAAAGGGAGGAAAAUGAGAAAAAAAGAUGGAAAAAACAAAGUAAAACAGAAAUCAUGUUAAUACUUGUAGUUUGUGUGCUAAACAGGAAGAAGGAAUGGAAGUCAAAAUAACAAAUUAAAGCCUGAAUAUUGUGUUCAAUGGAUUUCUAAUUCUGUAUAUAUCUAUUAAACCAGUGCUAUAUGAUAUCUUCUCAUGGAUUACUCUCUUUUUCCUGUUCCUUUUCCUUUUUUUUUUUUUUUUUCCAGUUUGUAUAUUGAUUUUGUAAGCUAGCAGUGUGUUACCCUUUUGAUUUUUUAAAACUUGUAUGAAAGCCAUAUAUCCAUAUUGUAGAAUGAAAGCAUUAAUCCUGUAACAUCCCUUAAUGUUUCCAUUAGUUCUGUGGGAUUGUGGGAGGCUCUAGCGAAUGUAUAUGUUUACCAAUUGUAUCAACAUAAUUUACUUGCUCUUAGUGGCGAUAAAGAAUUAAAUAAACUAAUACACUGAA